AGUGGCUACAUCUUUGUCCGAUACAUCUUACAUGAACAGGUGUACCAACUUACAAAACUCACUUUAGUUAUGUGUUUUCUGUAAGAAGCUCUAUACGUGAUCGGAUCGUAAUGCAGAAGUAUUGAGCGGAUGGUUUAUAAACACAGUAUAUUAGUGUCCUCUAAGAUCACUCCCAAGAAUGAAAGCUGUUGAAAUGGCCCAUUGUACCUUGGCCAGUCAUGCGCUGACUACCUUAUUGUUACUGAGCAGCUACGCAAAUUCAGCGUUGGUAGGAGGCUGGAGGAAACAAGACCCUCAUCACAACGCAGGAUAUCUUCAGCUUGCUCACUACGUUGCCUCUUCGCAAACACAUGGCUUGAAGAACUAUAACACAGUCGUUCGUCUACUUGAGGUAUCGACUCAGGUGGUGGCUGGAUUGAACUAUCGGCUGAUAUUCACAACUGCUAGAACAAACUGCGUCAUUGGAAGAGUUGAAUACUCACCCCAUGUGUGCAGGCCGGUUAGUGAGGAAAACGCAGUAUGCUCCACGAUCAUUUAUAUUGUACCCUGGAAGAAGAAGAUCAGUGUGACAAGCUACAGUUGUCGGGAUAUUAGGCCCAGACAUUUUCCAAAACAUCAAUUACAUCAACCGGGUAGUGUACAAAACGGCACUAUUACACAAAAAUAAAUUGAAGUGACAAUAAUGAAUGGACCGCUCCAUAAUUUCUGGAAGAAGCACUGACG